AUGAGGUUGAGCUCUGUGUGGCUGUGCUCACAGGACAAACCCUUCCUCUCUGCUGCCCAGAGCGCCGUGGUGAAGCUAGGGGAGAAGAUCUCAUUACAGUGAAGUUCAGCACACAUCCCACUUGAUAUAUUUUCACUGGCCAGGGAAGGAGGAGCCACCCUUUUAACUCAAAAUGGGGAACAUCAAGGCACCUUUAUUCUAGGUCCUGUGAACCAAAGCUUCUCAGGGAACUACAGGUGCUAUGAUUGGCACAGUGGCAGCCCUUAUGUGUGGUGCCCUAGUGAUGCCCUGGAGCUUGUGGUCACAGAUAUAAUGAACCAAGAUUACACGAUGGGGAAUUUGAUCUGAAUGAGUGUAGCUGGGCUGGCCAUACUGGUUGAAAAUUGGCAUAGUCAUCACGCUCCAAGCAAGGAAAACUGGCCAUAUUUUCCUGAACUGAGCCAGAGUAAACAGGAAUGUUAG